CGUGAACCAUUAUCUAUAAUUGGAGUAUUCUUUUAAAUCUUUAACAAAUCCAAAAAUGAGACAAUCAGAAACGAUAAUCAUUAAGCGCUUAGUCAGCAGCUUUUUCUGCUGAACGCGGCCCAUUGCUUUUAGUGUACUUCAUUAGCACUGACGCAAGAAAGUGCAUUCAAAAAGAGCAAUUGUAACGUGUCCGCGGUGUCGGCUGCUGUCGUUUGCUGUCAUUCGGAGUCAUGAGUGCGAGGGGUAAAACUGUUAAAAGUUGUUAUAUUAUUAACUUAGAUAACUCUCCGUCAAAUAUUCAUCUACCAGACAACGAGCCUGUUUUCGUAGGUCGCUCGCCGCUAACUGGCAUCAUCGAUACGAAAUGUUCGCGGCAACAAGUACGUUUAUGUGCAAAUUAUACAGAGGCUAUCAUUACGGUUCAACAAGUUGGUGUGCAUUCCUGUGGUUUUAAUGGUUUCAAAACUCAAAAGAACGUGAAGUUUAUUGCUAGACAUAAUGAUCGUUUGGAGUUGUUGUAUGGCAAGUAUGCCUAUGAAUUUGAGUUUAAUCCACCACCACCUGUGACGAGUUUGAUAUCGAAAAAAAGAUUUUAUUUGCAACCGGAUGAAACUGAAAACAGAACUAAAAUGAUGAAGCUGGAUAGAUAUUUAGACAAAGAGCUAGAGUGUAACGGACCAGACCAGGAGGGAUUAUCUUCAGAUGAUGUUUAUCCUAAUAAGAAGACAUUACAUACUGCAUGUAGUAUAUCUUCUGAAGAAAACAAUAGCAAUUUAAAUACAUCAGCAAAAUGGGAAAAAAUUGAUGAUAGAAAAUUAAUUAUUUAUACAGCAUCCUCUCUUCAAGAUCAAUCAAAAGUGGCAGCUUAUGACAUGGAUGGAACUUUAAUUAAAACCAAAUCUGGCCUGGUAUUUCCAAAAGACUGCAAUGAUUGGCAAUUAUUAUAUCCCGAUGUGCCUGGCAAAUUGAAGCAGUUACACACAAACGGAUACAAGAUAGUAAUUUUCACAAAUCAAGCGGGUCUCGGUAAAGGCAAAGUCAAAUUGAGCGAUUUUAAGCUCAAGAUUGAAGGAAUUGUACGGAAAAUUGGCAUUCCUAUGCAGGUUUUCAUCGCUACAGGAAGAAGCAUCUAUAGAAAACCAGCGCUUGGUAUGUGGGAAGCAUUAGAAAAAAAAAAAAACGGAGGUAUAGCCAUCGAUAAAAUUAAUUCAUUUUACGUCGGCGAUGCGGCUGGUCGGCAAAAAAAUUGGGCCGCUGGAAAAAAGAAAGACCACUCCACCGUGGAUCGUUUAAUGGCGCUAAACCUGGAUAUCAAAUUUGAAACACCUGAAGAACACUUUCUGAAGCAAAAAGCUGCCCCUUAUGUAUUGCCUGUGUUCAAUCCCAAAAAUCUGCCAAAAGAUUGUGACAUAUGCAAACCUGCAGAUGCAAAUUUGACGCUAAAGCAACAAGAGGUAAUACUUCUGGUUGGUAGUCCAGGUUCUGGAAAAUCACAUUUCGCAAAGCACUAUUUGAAAAAAUAUGAAUAUGUGAACAGAGAUAGUUUAGGUAGCUGGCAAAAAUGCACUGCCAUGGUCGAUCAGUAUUUAAAUCAGGGAAAGAGCGUAGUUAUAGAUAAUACUAAUCCUGACCCAAUGUCGAGACAGAGAUACAUUGAAGUGGCCAAGAAACACAAAGUUCCUAUUCGAUGUUUUGUUAUGACGACGAGUAUGCAGCAUGCGAAACACAAUAACAAGUUUCGAGAAUUGACUGAUCCAAGCCAUAUUCCAGUUAGUGAGAUUAUUAUAAAUUCUUACGCGAAAAAUUACGUGCCCCCAUCAUUGGAAGAAGGAUAUAAGGAAAUAGUAGAGAUUAAUUUCGUCCCGAAGUUUCUGAACGAAGAAGACCAAAGACUCUACGAAAUAUACUUACUUGAAGAUUAAGCUGCAUAGCAUAGAUUCCCCGACAAAAUAAGUAGUGAUCGAUGGAAUUUAUUUGUCGUUUACGUCAUUUAAAACUGCUACUUUUAACAUGAUAAGCUUAAUAAUAAAAAUACUUA